CAUGGCGGAGUAAGUAGCUGCUAGGUUAGAGCAGAGAGGUAUCUGAUCUGUCUGUCAAACAUUUCUUAUUGUUUUAUUUCUUUACAUUAACAUAGUCUAAUAUUUGACUUAAAAUAUUGACGUAUAUCUUUAACUAGAGAUCUGUUAGCCUGGAGACAGUUUACUCGGAGUGUUUUGUUGCUUUAGAAUCGUAAUGUUGUGGCUUAAUCUCAAACCCGCCCCUAAGCCCUACUCCCUAAAAGCCAGUAAUUAUAGAUCCUGCACCCUACGUAGUGCACUACAGCGUUUAUAGGAAGCCGGUUAGAGAUUCGACCUUAGACUGAGCUGUACAAAAGUUCAAAGCCUGUCUUUCCUGUACGUGUACUUCUGCAUGUCCAGACAGUUCUUCCACACAAGGUCAUGUUUGUUUCGGCUUGCUGUGGACUUUUGUGCGGUGUUUUUAUGGUUGUAAUGCUUUUUAUGUUGCGUUUAAUCACUGUGUUGAGAUCUGGAGCAGAGUGUAAACCUGCUACAAAGGGCUCUGUGUGUGUUCUUAUUGUAGCCGGCUCAGGUGGACAUACGACAGAGAUCAUUCGUCUGAUGGGGAGUUUGUCUCAGUCUUACACCCCACGCCAUUAUGUGAUAGCAGACACUGAUAAGAUGAGUGAAGAGAAGAUUCGCACAUUUGAGGCAUCAAAAGAGAAAAGCGACACUCAAGCACAGUUCACCAUUCACCGGAUCCCACGCAGUCGAGAAGUUUGUCAGUCAUGGAGCUCCUCUGUGCUCAGUACUCUGUACGCUCAGCUGUACUCCCUCCCUCUGGUCUUCAGACUCAGACCUGAUGUGGUGCUGUGUAAUGGACCUGGGACAUGCAUACCUCUGUGUGCAGCUGGAUUGCUCUUGGGGAUCCUGGGGCUCAAGAGGGUCUUGCUUGUGUAUGUGGAGAGUAUUUGCCGUGUGGAGAGCCUCUCCCUGUCUGGAAAGAUCCUUUACCGUUUUGCUGACUACUUCUUUGUGCAGUGGAAGCCUCUGCAAGCCAAAUAUCCCAAAUCAAUCUACAUUGGGAGAAUAGUAUAAAUGGAAAUGUGACUUGACAGAACUUUAUUGUACAGUGACCUCCAUUGGGUCAUAUUUAAGAACUUUCCAUACUGUAUGUGAUGCUUUCCAUAUUACUUGUCUGGUUAAUUACUGACACUGUUACUGGAAUCUAGUGUUUUAGGUUACGGCAAGCUGUAAGGAAUGACAUGUGCUAUGAUUUAUGCAGUGGGUGUCCUUAUGCCCUUGUGGUUGCUUAGGUGUAGCUAAAAAUCCUGCUACUUAGAGGCACUGUAUUCAACCUUUUUUUUUCUUUUGCUUUUUUCCUUUUUUUAAAUAAAUGAACCCGAGGCCAGACUUGAUGUACAGAAGACUGGCUGCUGAAAAGUGCUGUCAUGAAAAACACAAUCCUUCCAGCCAAACCAAACACCGCACCAUGUCAGUGUCUACAUAUGAAAACAGCGACAUUUAAUGUUGUUCUGUUAAAGGUUCUACCGCAUACUUGACCUUUUUAGUCUUUUUUUUAUAGCUGAACUCCUUCUGAGUGCUUUAGUGAUUUUCUGUGCUUUUGUACUUUGAUAUUGUAAAGUUUCCUAUCCUUACUGCUACCAAUGCCAUAGACUUUGCCAUGGGCCAAAGGAAGUGGCAUGAAUAAUUGGUGCAGUUUCCAUUAAAAAAAACAACACUGUUUCUAGUUUUGGCUCAACACUAGUACUGUAUUGUGAAUUUUCUGUUCUGAAUCCAGUUCAAUCUGGAUAAGAGCCAGAGUCUGUCAAAUAAAUGUGAAGUGUAUAUGAA